AUCCCAGAAAAUGAUAUUGCUCACGAAAACUAUACUUCACAAACCAAGAUUAGAGCCCCUUCGCCGCAUCUUAAUACCUUGAAGUCGCUGCGUCGCAUUGCUACCAACUCCGCCGUUCUUCGUUUUUGGCGGGUCAGCCAGAUUCUCGAAAACCUCCGACAUCACCGCUUUGCCCCACGAUGGAGGGGCACCACAAACCUCCCCCUUUCUCCGUUUCCAACGGCCAGCCAUCCUCGCCGCCGGCCACGCCGGGCUCCCGCUCGCAUUCACGCUUCCCAUCGACGGCCACCCAUACUUCGCCGAUUUACAAGCGAAUGGGUCUGUCUGUGCUUGCCCAGUCACCUCCGCUGGAAUUCAUAGAACCCAUCGGACACGGACCACAGUUCCAUUUUACGCGGCCCCAGUCGAGGAAUAUAUCGUCGCACCCCUCCAGCGCCUCUGGUCGCGCAUGUGCUACUAGCGCUCAAGAGUCGGAUGACGAUGAUGACUCGGACGCAGCUGAGUCCGGAAAGGAAGAGCAAAACCCCCCUCGCAAGGUCGAACAUGCAGACUUCGUACUAGAAGAGCUAGAGGAGAGCGAUCCGGGAUAUGAUAGUGAAACUGAGGUAGUGCGGCCGGACCAGUUCGAAGAUGCCAAAAGUGAGCAAGGAUUGGGCGAACGUCUGGACACCGACACAGGGAUAGUCAGCGGCUUCUCGAAGCUGAAGUGCGAAGGGGAUUCAAACGACGAAGAGGAACAGAGACGCAGCUACAGAAAGAAAAAAAAGCGUUGGAGCGCCGGAAUCUUCAAGCGCAGUCACAGUCAGAGUGUCGGGAGCGACUCGGAUAUCGAGGACAACGAGGCUCUUGACGCCCAUGAUGUUGGCUCCAGCGCCCGCCGGCUGCGCCGCAGGGUCCGUGGACCUAUUGAUAACCGGUCGUCUUUGAUCUUCGAGGAUAUUCCCAACAUGAACAUUCUCGAGGUUGAAGAGCCAGAAGAGGGUGGCAUUCCCAAAGGGCCACCAUCAAUCCCGUCAGAUGACGGAUUCACUCUCGACGAACUUCCGUUUUGGGUCUUGGAAGAUCCCAUGGAUGUCGAUUUGGAAUCUUCCUAGGGCUGUGGCUUGCUUUUGUUGCUGGCGCCAUGACCCUUCCCUAUUUACGCCACGGUAACGCCAGCAUCCGACAACCUGCAUAUACCUUGAAGCGUUUGCAUUUCUUGGGCUUGGCUUUUUUGCAUUUCUCAGCGAGUCGUCAGCGCCUGGAUUUCUGUUCUUUAUCAUCGGGCGUAUUUUCUUCUUAGAUACUAUUGACGCUACCGUCUCGGGAGCGCGUAAUCCGAAAUCAAACUUCCUAUUUAUAGUGCUGAC